AUGUGGCUCUAUAUCGAAUGGCUGGAUGUCAUAAUUCUAGAGGUAUUUAUCAACGUCCACAGACGCAGGCGCGGUACCAACUUUGACCGAUACAGACGCAGCCAGAACGAUUUGAUCGCUUUUAUCGCUACAUGCAAGGCUGAGCAGAAGGGUCUGCCUUCGUGGCUGGAAGUCUAUUCGAUCGAGGAGAAAUCCAAAAGCCUAGCCCCAGAGCAGAUAUUCAUUGCCGACAUUGGCGGUGGUAUUGGUCAUCAAGCUAUCGGUGUGGAGCAAUGGCUACCUCAAAUCAACAAUAGAAUUUUCUUGCAAGAUCAAGAAGUCGUCGUUCCGCACGCUAUCAAGCACGAUGGUGUCGAAGCCAUGGCUUAUGGAUUCUUUCAACCCCAGCCUAUCAAAGCUCGAAUUCACUGCAUGAGCAGCAUCAUCCACGACUGGCCGAAUAGAAAAGCGACGGGAUUUCUGAAGAAUACCAUCUCGGCACUUGGACCUGACCCUAUGAUUCUAUUUAUUUUUAUUGAUGACAAGAGUUUCCCUAAUUCUGGGGUUCAUUGGUAUGAAACUGGAAUUGAUAUCACCAUGAUGGCGGGAUUGGCGUCGCAGGAGAGUACAGUGGAACAAUGGAACGAUUUGAUGGAGAAGGCCGGCCUCAAGAUCCAUAACACGUAUGCUUAUACAGGUACCUAUAACUCCAUUAUGGAGUGUGUUCCAGUAUCGCAAGAAGAGGGGCCUAGGGGAAGGUAA